AUGGAUUUUCCGAAGCUGCUGAAUAAGCCUUCACUAGAUUUAAUUAAGAAUGACUUUCCGCACGCGAACAAAUUUGAGUUAGAGCACACGAGCGUUUCGAAGCAACCGUUCCUCAAGAGCGGAUUCACCUUCGCCAACAACACCUACAGCAUCUACACCAAUUUAAAGAAUAAUAUCUACAACACAAAAAAUGAAAUCAAGUUUGACGCCACGGGAAUAAGUCUGCUGGACGUUAAGUACCAGCCCGCCUACGUGAAAAACCUUAACCUCUGCGGAAAGUACACCAAGAGUAAUGGAAAGGAUGAGGACACCAUCGAGGUCUACAGUGAGUACGCAUCGUCACACAUGAAUGUAUUUUCCUCCGUCAAUGUAAAAAAUUUCUUCUUUAAGUAUAUCCACGUCGGUUCGCAUCCCAAGUUCCCUGAGUUUAAAUUUGGAGGCCAGCUGCAAGGCAACCUAGACGUGAAAAACCUGCAGUACUCAUUUGGAGGAGCCUACACGAAAAAUAAUUAUGACAGCCAAUAUAUUUUCUCCUUCCGAUCCAUCCCCACCAACAAACACGCCUACGGAAGCCUCGCAUUAAAUUUCUUCUUUCAAAAUAAAAGCUUGAAUGAUAACGCAGUGAGCAUCGAGCUCAUCCAAAAUAUAUCAGAAAAAAAAUCCAGCAUAAACGUAGCUUCCAUUUGGUACCUGAACGAUAAGAACACCUCCGUAAAGACGAAAAUUAGCAACGACACCAAAGUCGCGGUGUCCCUCACGCACAAGUACAACGAAUUUGUAUCCAUAUCGCUCGGCUCCCAGGUCGACGUCACCAAAAUGUCCCUCCCGGACAGUACCAAGUUUGGAGUAAAGCUGUUCUUGAAAUCCUGA